AUGGGUUCACUUGGAAACACGGUGCAAAAGGGCGUGGAGCAGGAUGACCUGGUUAUGCCGCUGAUCGACUUUGGUGCGUUCCUGAACGGCGAUCCGAGCAUCAAGAGAACAGUCGCCGAGCAGAUUGUCGAAGCGUUCAAGACGUCGGGAUUCCUGUACCUCGAGCACCACGGGAUCCCGCAAGACGACAUCUCACGGGCGUUUGACGAGUCUGCGCGGUUCUUCCAACGGCCGCAGUCGCAGAAGGACGAGCUCCAAUGGACGACCCCGGACUCCAACAGGGGCUACGUCGCCUGGGGCCGCGAAAAGGUGACGCAGUCGGCCGACCCGGAGGAGAUCGCGCGGCUCCGCGCCUCCAACCCGGACCUUAAGGAGUCGAUCGAGAUCGGGCGCGAGGGCGUGCCCGGGUUCCCGAACCAGUGGCCGUCGCGGUUCGGCGACGACGAGGGCAAACGGUUCACCGACGACAUGCAGUCGUUCUUCCUCCGGCUCAAGGACCUGCACGUGCAGGUCAUGCGCGCCAUCGCGCUCGGCAUGGGCUACGACGAGGCCUUCUUCGACGGCUACACCGACGCCGGCGACAACACGCUCCGCCUGCUGCACUACCCGUCGGUCAAGAAGAGCCUGUGGAAGCAGAACCCCAACCAGGUGCGCGCCGGCGAGCACUCCGACUACGGCUCCAUCACGCUGCUGUUCCAGGACGACAUCGGCGGCCUGGAGGUCAAGUCGCCGCGCGGCACCUGGGUGCGCGCGAAGCCCAUCCCGGGGUCCAUCGUCGUCAACGCCGGUGACCUGUUGUCGCGCUGGAGCAACGACACCAUCAAGAGCACCAACCACCGCGUCAUCCAGCCUCCGCCCAAGGAGACAGCGCAAGACGACGACGACGACGAAAACGCCAUGGUCCCCGCCCGGUACAGCAUUGCUUAUUUCUGCAAUCCCAACUUCGACAGGUACAUCGAAGCGCUGCCCGGUACGUGGGAGAAGACGGGCAAAAAGUACGAAGGCAUCAACAGCGGCGAUUAUCUGGUCAUGAGACUGGCUGCGACGUAUUGA